GGGCGGAUCGCCCCCGCCCGUGGCUGGGCUGGCGCCUGUCCCCAGGCGGGGGCGGGGGUCCGGCUGCCCGGGGGUGUGGCCAGCAGCGGGGCGGGCAGAAGCCGAGCCGUGCGGGGCCAGGCCAGUUCCCGGCGGCGGGGCGCAGUGUGUCCCCGGCCGGCAGCAGCGCAGCCAUGGGGCGCAUCGAGUGGGCCAUGUGGGCCAACGAGCAGGCGCUGGCGUCCGGGCUCAUUCUAGUGACGGGAGGGAUUGUGGCCGUAGCUGCUCAGUUCAAAGGGUGGCCGUUUGCUGCCUAUGCCAUAGCGGCUGGGGUCUUCAUCUGCUUGCUGGAGUACCCCCGGGGGAAGCGGAAAAAGGGUUCCACCAUGGAGAGAUGUGGCCAGAAGUACUUGACAGCCGUGGUGAAGGUUUUUGGGCCGAUCACUAGGAAUUACUACAUCCGGGCCAUCCUGCAUGCUGCUCUUGCAGUGCCUGCGGGUUUCCUGUUAUCCACCAUUCUGGGCACGGCGUGUUUGGGCAUCGCAAGUGGCAUCUAUUUGUUGGCUGCGAUCCGCGGCGAGGAGUGGAACCCCAUUGAGCAGAAGCCCCAGGAGCGGCCGCAGGUGGGAGGAGGCACCAUCAAGCAGCCCCCCACCAUGCCCCCGCCGCGGCCGCCCGCGGAAACGCGCAAGAAGCAGCCGGCGGAGGAGGCCGGCCAGGAAAAUCCCAUCCCGGUCAUCGUUGAGGCCGAGUAACACGUCAGCCCCACGCUUUGCCCGGCUGGAGGGAGUCGGGCACUGAGCACACUCUGCCUGCAGCCGGGCGCCCCCACUGCCAGCUCCGUAGCCUCAUGCCCCCUUCACAGAUGCUUCCUCCCGGGGUCCAGCCUGCUCCCCCUCCCCCCUGGACAACCAGUUCUCCCCCCCGCCCAGCUCUAGAGCCCAGUUCUCUCCCCAUCACCCCUUCACACUACAGCCCGCUCAGGACCCCCCGGUGUCACAGAGCCCAGCAGCCUCGGUGUUCCUUUGCACAGUGGAGGGGUGUGGGGCCCACUCUGCCCAUUGGGAUGUGGGGGAGUCGGGGGCGGCUGGCUCCUGCUAGGCCCCUCCCCUGGAUGGGGGCGUGGUCGUGCUGAAUGGCAUCACUUCAUUGGGUUGUCUCCUUUUGAUACCGUAAUAAAACGAGUGAAGCAA